AUGGCGGAUAAAGAUCAUCAACUCAGCGCUCUCGAAGUCGGCGAAUUAGAUAUGUUUGUAGAUAGCAUGGAACCCACACGACUCGAAAUGAUUGGAAGCCAGGUGUGGGUAGACUGGCAUAUAAGGCUGCAAAAACUGAACCAGCAAGCUGUUUUAGAAGCAUCCUCUAUGCAAGAGGAGCUUACUAAAGAAACUCUUAUUUCUUGUGGAAAGCUUCCAGUCCUUGUUUACGAAGCAAUAUGUAUUCAAGUCUGGCGUUUGAAGAUCUACCCUCAGAUUAUGAAGCUGCAGCCAUCACCUACUAAUACUUUUGGUAUUUACAUGGUGCUGUACCACGAAGCAGUAGCCGUGGGGCUCCUGGAGACGGUGCUGUUCCACGAGGACGGCGCGCAGUGCAUCAGCGACGUGGCAGUGGAUCUGCUGGACUACGCCGUUGAACAACUCACUGCGUUGCUGGCUUUGCUCAAUAACGAUUACUUGAACAACAUCGAGCCGACACUAACAGAGUCCGCCACAGAUGAAUUGGAGCGGCAGAAGAAGAGUCUUCAGUUUGAUAUCAGCAUGAGAUGCAUCUCCAUCGUACGCUAUAUGGCCGAGCAUAUGGAAGUAGCCGGCGUGGGCGCAUCGCUCGCCACCAACCUGUUCAAGAUAAGCGACGUGCCGUCUCUAUUGGCUCAUCUGAUCGAGUUACAGCCGUGGAAGAGGAUGAAUGACAAGGGUGAUAUGGAGGUCUUCAAUUACGGUCGCUGGUGCAGGGCCAGCGAUGAAGACCUCCAGCAGAUGCACCGCAGCGAAGCUCAGCUGUGGCUGUGUCUUCGUCAAUUGUUGUUAGAGCCGCGACUAGCGCAUUAUUACGUCAUCGACGAUUGUCGCAGGAGUGCUUUCUGUAGGAUUCAAGGGAAAAUAACUGAUGAGAUACUGGACCAAGUCCCUCCUCUGGGCGACCUGAAGAACUUCCUGUGCCGAUUGUCCGUGGGAGACUAUUCGGGGCUCCACAACCGCACCAACGGGGCCAAGAACCCUGGGUGCGCUCUCAUUGAACUGGUGCCUCAGAUAAAAAACGCGUACAUGAAGCAAGUCCACAAACGCACCAAAGUCAUCGCCAAAGCUCAACUGAGCUGUUUCGAGAUGGACGGCUCCGAAGACUCCAGAAUCAUGGCGAAGAAGCUUCUAGAGUCUUACACGAGCGACGCGGCCCUCGCCAUGGACAGCGGCGGCGCCAAGUGCGCGAAAUGCGGCGACAAGGCCAGCAAGAAAUGUUCCAGAUGCAAAAACGAAUGGUACUGCGGUAGGGAGUGUCAGGUGCAACAAUGGCCGAAGCACAAGGACAUCUGCGAUCAGUUCGCCAGUCUUAUGGUUUAAGUUUUUGGUUUCUUGAUGCCGACCCGAAUAAGGGGAUUUAGAGAAUAUUAAAUUUUGUUUAGUUUUUGUUGUAG